AUAUACAUUAUAUAUAUACAUAUAUAUAAAUGCACCCCCCUAUAGCAUAUUUUCAUAUUUAAAAGUCAAUAAUUAUAAAAGUAAUUUUAUUUUAUUUAUUAAUAAAGUUCAUUAAAAUUUAAAUCUAGCGAAAAUAUUUUUGAUACAUUCCAUUUUAAAUUUUAUUUUAAUAAAACAAAUUUAAUUUCAUUCAAAUAUUGAAUUUUUUAAAUUUUUAAAAUAAAAAAUUAAAAAAAAAUUUAAAUCCAAUUUAAACAAUCACCAUAAAACCUCCUUCUAAUUUACAAUGUUUAUAUUUCUAUGUAUAUAUAUAAUUAUUAUUCAAUCAUCUAUUGAACAUUUAAAUAUAUUUCAUAUAAAUGGACAAAAUAUAUUAAAAUAUGAACCAAAUUUUAAAUGGAAUAAAAAUAAUAAACAAAUAAUCAAUAAUGAUAAUUAUGAUAUACAAAUUGUGAAAAAAUCAAAAAUGGUACAAUUACCGAUUGAACAAAAUUUUCUAGAAAAUUCUAAAACAUCUAAUUGGUUUAAAAAUAGAAUCAUGAAAAAUUUUUAUGGAAUAAAGAAUAAUGAUGAAAUAGAAAAUAAAAAUAUUAUACAAACAAUAGAGCUUCAACGGAAUAACAAUAAUAGUGUUAUUAAUCAUAAAUUAGAUCAUCAGAAUUCAGAACAACGAUCACAAAAUGUAAGUUAUCGGAAUAGAAGUGUUUCGGACGUGCACAACGAUACUGAUUCUACAAAUGAUCCAUUUAUAUAUAUUAAUGUGAGUAAACUACUUGAAAGAGAAAAACGUCAUGUUCCUUCAGUGGCACAUUAUAUUCUUUCGCCGUUAGUAGCUAAUCGAAAGAAAGAUCCUCAUAAUUAUAUCUCCUUGACGUCGUCAUCAUCUUCAACAUCAUCAUUACCAUUAACUUAUGGACCACAGAAUUCACGAAAAGAAAAGCCAAAUAAAUUUGGAACAUCAGUAAGACCUAGAAAGCUGACAAGUCAAUCAUUUAUCGCAUACAAUGUUGAAAAUGAUAUUUUUAACUUUGUAUUUCAAUUUGUACGAUAUAAUCAGACUUCAGUAGAUUUGAUUACGGCAUUCAACUUGAUACGUGAAUGGGAACGUUUUAAAUUAGUACAACAAGUACAAAUUCAAAGAGAGCAAAAAUUAAAAAUGUUACGCCAUAAACAAGAGCAUAGACGUCUUGAUGAAUAUCAUCGGUAUCUACGACAUUUUUCAACAAUGCUUACCAAUGAAAAAGCGAAACAAUUUAAAAAAGCACAAAAUUUUUAUGAUUUCAAAAAAAUUAUCAUUGGUACCAAAGGUGUUAAGACAGAUAUUAAAAGUAAUGGUCUUAAUAAUAAAGGGGAAUAUAAUGAAAAGAUGAUUAAUUCACGUUUGGAUUCACAUUCAUUAACAGAACGACAAAAAAUUCAAGAAUCAUUAUCAUCUUCACAUUUAAAUGAUAUACAGUUUUCCGGUGGAAUUGGUGGAGGAAUAUUUGCCGAUAGUUUACGACUACGAAAGAUAAGUAAUCGUGAAGGUCGUGCAAUUGUACCUGACAGUAGCAAUAAUAAUAAUAAUAAACAAAGUCCAUUGAAAAUAAAUUUAGCAACAGAAUUUUCACAUAUCUUGAGUAAAACUAAUGAGCAACUACCAAAAGAUCUACAAACCCAUGAAGUGAAAAUCGAUUCUGGGGGAUAUCUCAAUGAAGAGUCAUAUUCGGAGGAUGAAUUAAGACGAGCUUUUGAAAAUUAUCAAGAAUUCAAAGUAAUAUCUUGCCAACCACAGAAUCGAACAUUAUGUACAGAAGCACUUCUUCGUCUCAAUCAUGAUCACCAGCAACAACACCAAGAACCAAAUCAUGAUCAUCAUCAUUAUCAUCAUACAGCUCUUAUCAUACCACGUGGUAUACACAUUCAAAGAUGUGGCCAACAAGGAAUCUCACGCUGUAAUCAUUAUAUAAAUUCAUUUUCAAAUUAUGAAGAAGAAUAUGAUUAUGAGAGAUCAGAAUUCACACCACUUUCAUCAUCUUCAUCUAAUGGUCAUGUAAAUUAUGAUGACCAAUAUUUAGAUAUAUUGAAUGAUCGAAAUCAGUAUACAUCUUGUAAUUGUGAAACACUUGAAGAAGAAUGUUUACCUGUAAAGGUUUCGUUGAAAACGUUUGCAGUUGCUGUGAUGCAAUAACUAUACGUGGCGAGUAUUUCUGUUAUACAUAUUUUUGGGAGAAUCUCUGGCAACACCAAGCAAUCUCUUAUUUCGAUCUCCUGAAAGACUGAUUUUUUCCACAACUGAAUAUUCCUUUAAUCGGUAGUGAUUAACACAGAUUAGCAGUUUUCAAUAUACUGACUUAGAUAAUGUUAUAUUGAAGUGUUAUUAAUUGAUUGACUUCAAAUACAACAUUUUUAAUUCAAUGUCUUUCUCUCAAAAAAUAAAACAAUUUUAGAUUGUACCGUUUGGAAAUUUCACUCAUUCAACCGAAUUGAUUACAUUAACAAAUCAUUUACAGUGUGGAUGUCAACCACGCUGCAGUAAUCGACUAUGUAUUCCUCCGAUGAAAUUUAUUAUGCACACAUUUUCAGAUUGUGCAUGUGUAUGUCAACCGAAUGAUAAACGAUGUUUUGAAUUGUUGGAAGGGAAACGUCAAUUCACAGCUGAAGAAAUUCCAUUACCACUGAAUGGUUCUUACAUCUUACCACCUUGUCGUUAUGGUGUAAUGGAUGAUUUACACUUAUAUCAUAGACAUUGCCCUGGACCAACUAGAAAUACAUUUCCAAUUAAAUAAUAAAAUAAAAUAAAACUAAUGGGAAACUUAUUUCUCUCACCUACCACUAACGAGGUGUCAAAUAGUUUAACAAUUAUAUAUGGAUUCUAGUAAAUGAGCUACGGAAAUGGAGUAUAACUAGACAAAAUAGUGCAAUCUAUCAUAUUUUUUCAGUUGUCUUCUGUAUUUUCAUUGAUCUUACAGUUACCACCUCGAUUUAUACAUACAUACCAUAUACAUACACGCAUAGAUACAUACAUACAUACAUACAAACUAGACAUCAAUACAAACAUAAGAUAUUCAUCAAUAUGUCUCUAUUGUAAAUUAGAAACUUUGCUUAAUCAUAAAAAUCUCAAUCGCUUCUUCAAUGUAUAUAAUAUCAAUUAUCUAUAUUCUAUUGAAUGAAUUUCUGAUAACUAAAUUUAUUUCUAGUAUACCCUCAUUGGUGCCAUCCGCAAUAAGGUUUGAUAUGAAAGAUCAAAAGUUAUUUAUAAAGUCUUAUCUGUUAAA